UCUCCAGUUCUCGCAAUUUUCGCUCCGGCUUUAAUAGUUUUAUUGUCUGAAACUUGCUUUUUACCUUGUAAAUCGUUAUUUAAUCUGAUAUCGAUGGCUUUUAUGGAGUUAUUGGUUUGUAUGGGCUGAUGUGUUUGAUUGCAGAGUUCGAAUAUGCCUCGUUACGACGAUCGACAUGGCAAUACGCGUCUGUAUGUGGGUCGCCUGUCAUCGCGGACGCGUUCACGGGACCUGGAGAGACUUUUUAGCAGAUAUGGGAGAGUACGAGAUGUGGAUAUGAAGCGUGAUUAUGCCUUUGUUGAAUUUAGUGAUCCUCGGGACGCGGAUGAUGCAAGAUACAGCUUAGAUGGUCGUGAUUUUGAUGGGAGCCGUAUCAUUGUUGAAUCUGCUAAGGGGGUACCUCGUGGUUCUCGAGAAUAUUUGGGCAGAGGUCCUCCUCCAGGUUCUGGACGCUGCUUUAAUUGUGGCAUUGAUGGCCAUUGGGCUCGAGAUUGCAAAGCCGGGGACUGGAAGAACAAGUGUUAUCGCUGUGGUGAAAGAGGUCAUAUCGAGAGAAGCUGCAAGAACGGUCCCAAGAAGUUGAAUUACUCUCAAUCACCUGAUAGAUCUGUAUCUCCUCGCCACCGUAGCCGGAGUUACAGCCGAGGCCAUAGCUACAGCCAUUCGAGAUCUCCACCAGCAAAGAGGGAACGAAGCCAUGAGCGAGAGGAUAGAUCAUUGAGCCCCAAGCCGAAGAACAGUCCCCCACCCUCAAAGCAGAGGCACCACAGUGAAACUCCUGAUGAAGGCAGUCCACGUGGUUCUCCAAUGAUCAGGAAACGAGAUGCCCAUCAAGAGGGGUCAGAUUACGGCAAUAGCCCCAUGGGGAAAAGCCCUGAAAGAGAGAGCCCUGUCGCUCGGGGCCAUCGAAGUCCUUCUGAAGCCAAUGGUUGUAGCCGAAGUAUGAGUCCUAAAGAUGACAGGAGCCCUAUUGACGAUUCUGAUUACAACCACCGUCCUCUGAGGCUCAGUGAGUCGCCUUAAAAAUGGCGUGAGUGGCCUUACAAAACAGCCUUUAAUUGCUACGCAUCUGCAACACCUCUGUCUUCACGUUGGUGUCGUGCAGACCUUUGAUUUUCUUAUCCUUUGCAUGUUUUAAAUUGCUUGUUCUUGUUGGAAAUUGGUACUUUUGAUUGAACUAUCAUAAUUUGUAAUACUUUGUCAUUGUAGCAUUGUGACGUUAAUUAAAGUAUUUAUUUUUGUUGAUUUA